AGCAUUAACGGCAGCUAUCUUAAAAAAAAGAAAAAAAAAAAAAUUUAAAAAUAAGUGGAUCCUACAAUAUUAUUAAAAGCUGUCUCUUCUGUUUUUUUAAUUGUAAAGAAGACUUGGAGAAUGGGCCCACAAAAAAACUUUAAGAUUAUUCUGAAAACUGUAAGUUUUGAAGCUCAGAUCUUAAAAAAAGUCAACAACAUUUGUUCCAGGUCAAAACCAUCUCUCUGAAGGAAAGCAUUCUUCUUCUUCAGCUAAUCUUUGUUUCACAGACUUUAAUUUCAGAUGAGUUGGAGGAGAAAGAAGAUCCAAAAAGUCAAUGAACCACAAAGAUUGUUCCUGGAGAACGGAAGCAUCCUACUAGAAGAGCUCAUCAAAUGUUGCAACGGUAAAACAAAUCCCAUCUCAACUUAUUCUCCCGACCAGAUCCUUGAAGCCACCAACAACUUCAACAAGAGCAAUCUUGUCGGAAAAGAUGAUUGUGAUUACCAUUACUACAGAGGAACACUCGAUAAUGAUGAUAACAGACUAGUUAUGAUCAAGAAAAAAGCAUACGGAGGGCGUCUUGUAAGGAAGAUUUGCCGAGACAUAUCAGUUUCAUCAAUGGUGAGUGGUCACAAGAACUUCCUCAAGUUGUUGGGAUGCUGUCUCGAACUCACUUGCCCUGCCCUAGUAUGUGAAUAUGCGGAGAGCAUAACGGUGAACGCUCAUCACCAAAUCGAUCCAACACUGACAUGGAAUAAAAGGAUAAAGAUAGCAAGAGACAUCUCGAACUCAUUAGCCUACCUUCACACCGCCUUUUCGACGACAUUCAUCCAUAGGAAUGUACACCCUCGUAACGUAUUCUUGGAUGUAAAAGGGGUUGCAAAGCUAGGAGAUUUCCGCAACUGCGUCACUAUACCACAAGGAGAGUCUUUUGUACGUGAGUAUAAGCUAGAGGGAACGUACGGGUACCUAGAUCCUAACCAUAUGUCAAAGGGAAUGAUCACAGAGAAUGUUGACGUCUACGGCUUUGGAGUGUUCAUGUUAGUUCUCUUGAGCAGAAGAACUCCAGGUCUGGACGAUGAGCUACAUCCAGAUUUUCUGACUCGGCUUGUGGAAGAUGGUAGACUCGCUGAGAUCUUAGAUCCAGUUAUGUUGGAAAGUGACUUUGCAGAAGGAGAGCUAUGUCGGAUGGAAGCUUUUUUCGUACUUUCACUCAAAUGCAUCGGUCUUAGAGGGGAAGUUCCGGAGAUGAUGGAAGUGUCCAAGGAACUAAAGAGGAUCGAAAGAUCCUAGACCAAGUAAUGUUAGGCAUUUGAUUACUAUAUGACCACUAACCAAUAACACCACCUGAGUAUCUUGUAGAUAUACAAUAUUGUUCUUGAAAGUAUUCAAGAACCCAAAAAAAAAAUAUAUAUUGUCAUUCCUGUAUAGUAAAAGCUAUUACAAUGUGUUCCUUCUUCAUAAACUAUUUUAACUUUAGGCUAAGUAAACUUUCUUACCA